AUGUAUGCGGCAGAUUCCAUUGCGACAUCCAUCUGUGUAACUCAACUCACGAAAGCGGAUCCUAGUCCUUAUCGCUUCCGGCACCUCCAACCUUUCAACUGCGUGGUCAAAUUAAAGUUGUCAUACGGCACAGCUCUCAUCCAUUUAGAUCAACGAACGCCAUUCGGGGUGGUGGCCCCAAUUCAGAUUAGAUACGACAACACAACCACCACCACGUCCUUUCUCUUAUCCCUCCUCCGCCUUCUUACCUUCUCCUCUACCACUGGUACUGCUUCAAAACGUCUUGCUGCUGCUUUUAUAGAAUAUAUAGCUGUUAAUUACAUUAAUCCGCUCAAUUGA